CCUAGGAUACCAUAUGAUGGAGCGAAGCAAGCUUUGAAAAAAUGACCGCCAAAGAUCCACUAACUCGUAAUCCAGGUUCUCAUAUUGACGAUGUUGUCACUGUAUCUUUUACACUCGAUUGCCUUCACUGGCGGACAGGUCAGUGCAUCACUGUUGAAGCCUUCCUAUUGGUUUGCAUUGCACUUAGCAAUGGUUGCUGAGCGAUAUGUGGCUUUAUGGAAGCGCAGCGAAUACGAAACGUUUGGGAUGAAGUUAGGCUCAAUUUCUGCAGUCACCUCGGUCGCAGCUAGUUCCGCUGCUACUCUCUGGACAAUACAGAGCGAAUUAUCGGUAGAGCUGAAACCGACAUGUUUUCCAUCCACAAAGUCUACCUUAGAGAGACUAUCUGUUGUAUGCUUAGUCAUUUGUGGCGUGAACGUUGGCACGCUAAUAGGACUUACAACAUUGUUCGUUGGCAAUAAGGUCGCCCUCAGGAGGAAGCGCUACGAUUUGAUGUCUUCGUAUCAGCUAAGCGAAAAUUAUUCCAUUAUCAGACUGCUUUUACCUCUUUCAAUUUUUCAAAACAUUUGCUAUGCAUUCUUCACAAUAUUUGGUGCACUCCUCGGUCUUUUGGUCGACAAAGUCGACUUUUUCACAUUUCGUAUAUUGUUCUCCAUCAAUUACAUAGUACCGUUUUACACCCUAAUCUCUCCAAUUAUAAUUCUAUCCAUUACGAUAUAUUCCAAGCGUCUAAAUUCUGCUAAAUUGCUGCAGGCUACACGGCAAACCAACAAAAACGAUGAACUCUAUUUUGCUGCUUACUCCAAAAUGUGGAAAUAG